AUAACCGUCAGAAAGAAUUGAGAGCUCGGGCUCGCAUAGUACCUACCUUGCCAAACCAGGCUAACCCACCAUUGAAACAAUACGCGUUCAGUGUCAUACUUGUUCACAAUACGGGACAGUCGCCACAACAAUCUCAGUGCUUCCGAAGAAGAUGGAGUUGCAAAUUGAGCAAGUUCUCAACAGAGACCAAAGAACCGCCAAGUCGACACACUCAUUAGACCAAGACGAUUGCUGUCGCAAUUACACACAGAGCCAAUUGGAGCAACCCAUAACACACCACCAUGCCAAGCGAAGAUUCGCUGCGACUUCUUCGGACGGCGCUCCUCAAAAUAGUUCCUUAACAAGUAUUUGCCAUAAUCAGUAUUUUUUCACAACCGCAAGACUGCCGUAUCAGACUGAGGUGCCAUGUGAAUGUGGUAACAGAGUGAACUAUCAUCCGGAAGUCAGCGAGAUCACAUCGGCCCGCUUUAGAUCCCGCCGCAAACAAGUCUUCAGUCUACUUCUAUUCACAUACGUGUCGUUCCUAGUUUUGCCUUCUAUUAGCAGUACACCCAUAGCGCCCAGUUCUAGGUCAGCGUCUAUCGGAACCUCUCAAAUGGACAACGAGAACGACUCUCUCCUUCGAAAUCUGAUUCCUGCUCAUCGCUCUGCCUUCACAGCACUAGGAGUCGCUAAAGAGCUAAAAACCUACUUCUUGAGCCUCAAGCCUGCUGACCUCGAGAAGAUCUACAAUGAGAUCAGAUUCCCUAGAUUGCCGUCUUAUCCGCUCUACAAUAUGUCUGAUGAAGAAAUAGUUGAGAUGAAAAAUGUGCUGGAUAAAACUGACCCUAAAACAGCAUUCCGUAGUGUUCUGCACGACAUUGAAAUUGUCCAAAUAGUGUACAAUGUGAUUGCGGAUAGCUUUGAGAAGCACCCCCUGAAAGCCCCAUCUGUGGAAAAUAAUUUUGAUUUCAUAGAGAAGUGCAAAGUUAUGAGGGGUUUAUUGUCCAACGUUAGGAUCGAUCUGUCUGAAUUUGUCGCAAUCAAACCAGAGGAUGAAGAUGAGGCGCCUGAAAUUAUUACCAAUGAAAUGAUAGAUCAGAUGUCCGAAACACAGAAAGUGGACGUCGAUUGGAUGGUUCUUCGAGCUCUGGUCGAAGUGUUGGAGUACACUGCUAUGCUUUUUGAGCACUACAAAGUGCCAACAGAAUAAAUGAUGGCGAGAAUUGGGAUUUUUUCUAUACUACUCAAAAUUGAUUUCUAUAGAGUGGACAUUUUCGGAUUUUUAUCAAGCUGGAUCUAAUCAUCUGGAUACUUGAAAUCUAUUUCGCCGAUAACCUACCUGGGCUAUUAUAAAAGUAUUUCGCUUAUCUUUAACCUAGGACUUAUUUAUUAUUUUGUAUGUAUUUUUCAUAUUUAUUUUCAUAAUUGUAGUUUCUUUUCGUAUAUUGUACUUGUAUUGUAUUUUUGAAUAACAUUUUUACAUCAAACUUACUACUAGUGUCCUAUUUACAACGAAAUCGUGCAUAGUUUUAAAAAGUAUGAUUAUUUUACAAAUAUAGUUUAUAUUUUUAUACAGGGUGAGCCACAGAACUGCUAAAGUUAAAUUAUAGGAAUAGGUGUCUCUUAUAGUGUGGGUGGAGAUGACAAAAUUGACUAAUAUUUAAUUGUGAAUUUCUUUUCAUAAAUUUAGUUAUACACCCCAAUCCCAUUGUUACCCUUUUGUGGUGAAACUUAACAGUGGAAGUACUGGUAGGAAUUAAAUUGUAUUCAUUGUAGAUAUUUUAUCGAUUAACUGAACUUAGCAUAACUUUGACUAAGAGUGUUGCCGUUAGAUCGUGCACUUUAUUGAUUUUUAACUGUGAUACUCUCUGAUUGAAUAAAGCUGUGUUUGUUUUUA